AUGAGGUACCAGAACUGGGAUGUGCUCCUCUUCCCUGGCGAUUUAAGGACUCCAAUCCAGGAAUUUGACACGAAAUGCUUCGUGUUGGGCCAGAAGGGCACUUCGGACAAAUAUCGAAGCAGCUUUGAGUCAAUGACACUGGUGCCCAUUCUUACCUCCUUCAUUGCGAGCCUCGAACGUGGCGCGGCAUUCCGAAUCUCCAUCCACAGCUGGGAUAUGCCCACGCCAUCUCACCUCUUGCUCAGCUACAAGACCCCGGACGAGACAAUUCUGUUUGAAGCCCGGGUGUACGUCGACGGAACUUGUUUAACUAACUGCAUUGUAGGGGAUCCAGGUUGUCCUUGUCCGCCUCCCUCGUGCACCGCGAAGGCUAACAGUGCAGACCGCGAUGCUCAAUUUCUUCAAUUUCCCAAGUUCCACCAAGAAAUCCUUCAGCAACCCGACUGGGAACCCAAUGAGCUCCUGGGUCGAAUCAGGGUCGUGAUUGCAGAAGGAGUCAUGAGAGACAACACUCCCCCAGCUGCUUCGGCUCCCAGGUUUGACCGUCUCCGGGACGUCGUCGCCUUCUCCUUUCAGCACGCCCCUCAAGACGUUCUCGAAUACUCGGGAAUUGCUUGGCCAAAUCCGAAAAUGUUCAGAAUCUUGCCCAACAAACCAGCGCGACCUCUACCGAUCGGGUCUCGAGUCUCUGGCAUUUCGGGCCACGAAGCUCAUUCGCACUCACCACAGCGAUUGCCUCCUAUAGCGUCACGAAGCAAAAGACGUUCAACAAAUGAAUAUCAUCAAAAGUUGCUGGAUGUACAGGAUCAUGCCGACCUCCAAUCCGACCCGAUCAGCAAUGUCCCCAACACUGGUGUGCUGCAGAGUCGGUCUCCUGGUCGUCAUGUCCCUGUUAAGCUGGUAACCCAAGAUGAUGACCCCUUUAUCUCCUCGCACCAGACUCCGACGGCAAUACAGCAGUGGCGACUGCAACUGAGGUCAACUAGUCACGACAUCUCCAUGCCGGAUUAUAUAUCCAGCAAGACCGAUCGCAGCGUCGUCAACACCGAGAUGUCCGGUGUCAGCGUCCCGCGGGCCAACUUCCUGAAACACAUGAACGAGGCUAAUCCCGAAGAGAUCCUGCAGGCUCUAAGUCCCGCUCGUCAAGAAGAAUUGUUCCAAGCCCUCAGUGCAUCACAUAGCCCAGCCACUGGCAUAGGCACUCGGCCACCAACGAAGACUCCUCAGGUCAAGGAUAACUUCAACACCCCCAGAGUCAUGGGCACUGGCGACGAGAAUGAUAGCGCCACGGCAAAGAUCUGGCAGGAACCGCGGCAGCGACGCCGAACAUGUUCGCUAGCGAGUUCCAGAAGCGCUUCAGAGCCAACUGCUCAGCUGGCCAAAGAGCAAACCAGCCCAAGAUUGCCCCGAGAAGUGAGUGUGCGUACUGAUGGCAAGAAUCGGUUGCCAACCGCGCCGAGAUCGCUUUCACUUAACAUCAACCGUCAAAGAUCGGCUUCGAAUGGCUCAAAGCGUAAGCGAGGUUCGACUUCUCCAGGGCUGGGCUUGGAAAAGAUACAGGACACGAUUCGGGUCAUUGUCUGUUCUUCGUCAUCCUCGCCGUCAGAUGGGGACCACAAGGAGCAGGAAGAAAUGAAAUCAGCCACUUCGUCGGAGAGAUCCGUUGCUGUUAUAGCAGAGUGA